AAGCUCACGAAAAUCGUCUGCAGUUUCACGCCGAUCCGUUCAUCGAUAUUCCUACUACGGCAAUCAAUCCUUCAUUCAGAAUUUUCGUAUUUUAAUGUUUCCAAAAUGAAAACUUUAUUGAUAUUUACUUUUUUCUUGUACCUGAUGCAAAGUACCGCCGCUGAUCAUGAGGUAUCCGCAUCUCAGUUCUUAAAAGGAAAAACUCACACAAACAACUGGGCUGUCUUGGUUGAUACUUCGCGCUUCUGGUUCAACUAUCGACAUGUGGCAAAUGUGCUGUCAAUGUAUCGCUCCGUCAAAAGACUUGGGAUCCCAGAUAGUCAAAUCAUCCUGAUGGUUGCGGAUGACAUGGCAUGUAAUCCUCGCAACCCAAGACCUGCAACUGUGUUCAAUAAUGCACAACAGCACAUCAAUGUUUAUGGAGAGGAUGUUGAAGUUGAUUACAGAGGAUAUGAGGUCACUGUUGAAAAUUUUGUUAGGCUUCUUACUGGCCGUCUGGCUCCCAGUACUCCAAGGUCGAAACGCCUCUUGACUGACGAUGGAUCGAAUAUCCUUAUAUACAUGACUGGCCAUGGUGGAGAUGGUUUCUUGAAGUUCCAGGAUUCUGAAGAAAUUACAAAUGUUGAAUUAGCUGAUGCCUUUGAGCAGAUGUGGCAGAAGAAACGGUACAAUGAAAUCUUGUUUAUUAUUGAUACCUGCCAAGCUGCCUCUAUGUAUGAACAUUUCUAUUCUCCAAACAUUUUGGCCAUUGCAUCAAGUCUUGUUGGUGAAGACUCACUCUCGCAUCAUGUAGACCCAGCUAUAGGAGUCUACAUAAUAGAUCGCUUCACAUACUAUGCCCUCGAGUUCCUUGAGAAAGUGACCCCUGACAGCAAGAAGACAUUGGCUCAGUUUCUGCAAGUGUGCCCAAAGCAAGUCUGCAUCUCUACAGUUGGUGUUCGGCGAGAUCUGUACAAGAGGGAUCCAAACAACGUCCUAAUAACAGAGUUCUUUGGGUCAGUUCGAAACGUAGAACUUACAAACCAACUUCUGGAUCUUCCCCUUUGUAAAAAGGCUGAACAGAUCCAGAUAAAUGACUCCAUAGAAAGUGAGACAAGAGAUGAAGGUAACAGUACCCCGAAGAAAUUAGUGUUUGCUAAUCAGCUGCCUCUUCAUCGAUCAUCAUAGAUAAGCAGUUUGAGUUGUGUAAACCAUCUGCAUGCUCUAAAUGCUGUUUUUUGUAAUAAGCUAUUUUUUUAUUUUUAAUUUUUUAAGAGUGAAGACUAGUAUACAGUUGUUGAAGGGUAGUGAUAAUGGAAAGAUGAGUUAUUGGUCAUCUAGUUUUACAUUGAUUGAUUUAUUUAUUGAUGUAUUGUUUACUAAAAUUAAAAAAUAGGUAAAUACAAUGGACACACUGUAUGAAACAUGCAUUUUUGGUACAAAUACCUUACCCUUUCAGUAUAAAUGUGUAAAAGAUUUUUUUUUUUUUUAUCUUUUCAAGUUAGACAUCCAAUGAGACAUAAUAUUUGAUAUUUUUGAUGUGUAAAAUGUAUGAUUUUAUUCAGAAAAUAAUACUAUAUGGCUUUUAUGACCUACUAUGUGGAUUGUUGGAGAAAAAACUAGAAAUGGUAAUAAGAUAAAGGAAUGCUUAUGUUAGCAUUAUGGAUUUUUCUUGAUAAUGCUCAGCUGUGAUCAUAAAAUGUUCAAAGACAUAUUAGGAAUAUGUAUUAUAUGUGAAUACCGAAUCUUAUAGCUUAUAAGGUUCCUUUUUUAUUUUCUACAAGUGAAUGUGAAUUGCUGUUGACAACCUAACAUUUAUAAGCCGUCUCUUCCUAUUUUAAUUGGUGAUGAAUUUGAUCUCAGUAAUGUCCCAUGAAUUUCAUUUCUCAACACAUUAUUAGCAGGGGAAGGAUUAUUUCAAUAAAACUUUUUAUUUAUCUUCUUUAUUAGCAGGUAAUGAAGUUUUUAAAACUAGAGUAAUAGAAGCCAUAGACGGAGUUCUUGUAUACUGAGAACUCACUUCACAGAAACUAAAAUGUUUUUUUCCAAAGUACUAUGCUUUAUCAUAGAACAAAUCUUUUCUGCACAUAUUGCUGAAUAACUUUGUUUCUAAUAUCUAGUUUCCAUAGAAAUAUAAAUCCAAAGCCUUCAAAUAAAAAUAUAGCUUUAGUAGCUCCCUUAACUUGGGAAUUAAAUAUUCUGGUUAUAUUUUUUUAUUCAACUUUCUUUGAUAUGGACAUUGAUUAUCAGUAGUUUUACAUGCACAGUAAUAUUUUUUAAAGCUAAUUUAUAGUGUUACUAUGCUGAAAAACCUCAACAUACAGCAUGGUAAAAUGGAGUAGACAAUUGCAUUAGGAUAUAUUUCUCACUUUUCAUUUUUGGGCACAUUUAUAAGCAGUUUUAUAUUUCUUAUGAAAUUAUAAUGAUCAUGCAAUAGAUAAUUUUGUCUGAUUUGAAGAUAGCCUUAUCUUAUUUUGUGAAUAUGUUUUUGUAUAUAUAAAUCCCAGGUUUGUGUUGGGAAGGAAUUUAGAGAUGUACAUGUACUUGUAUCACUUGAUUAAAAUUAAAGACAUGUGUAAAUCUGAUAAUAUAAUAUGUUUACCCAAAAGUGUUUAUCUUCUAUGACAAUUUAUUCUAUGAUGUUUAUGUCUGUCUCUCUCUCUUGUUCCACUCUAAUAUAUGCUUAAAGGUGUGAGCCUUUACAGGAGAGCUGACCAGCAAAAAAUAAUAAGGCAUGUAAGGCUUUAAUUGCAAAGUAGUGUUUUCAGAAGAAAAAUGACAUGAUAUAAAUUGAGGAUAAAGAAUUUUUCAUCUUCUAAAAUGGAGAUUUAAAAUUCAAAUUUGCUGCUCUUAGUUUGUUCUGAAUUUUAUAGGCAAAUCAUCUAUGAGUAAUUUUUGGCCUUAGAGCUUUACAGUAACAGUACCACAACACCCCUCCCCCCACAUAUGAUUAUUCAGAAAAUAAAUGUUGAAAUUGGAGAAAAUAGAACUUGUUUAUGGAAACUUUCUAAUCAGUAAUGUGGAUAUGUACUGAAAUAAAUAACACAUGCAAGCAUUUCAUCUUUAUUUUAUAAUCACUGAAAGAAAAUUUCAGUAAUAAAUUAAACUAUACAACCAAGUAACAUGAAAUGUUUCAAAAUUAAGUUUUCAUAAGAAUGGAGAAUGAGAUUCAACUGGAACAAAAUGAAAGCAAUUGGAUACAGAAUGAGUUAAGAGCAAAGAAUAUUACACCUUUUAUAUAUAUAUAAAAUAUAAAUAUUUUAACCAUUCAUUGCACAAACUUUUCAUUCUCCUCAUCUUCUAUGUACAGAGAGUAAAGGAAACAACACGCUCCCAGCUGUCCACACAGAUCAUGAGGCAAGAAGAAGGAGUAGUCACUGGCUGACUCCAUACCUUCUCUUCUUCCCUCAUUCUUUAUACAUAACACUCCUUAUAUUCAGACCAUUUGAAUGUGAUAUACUUUGUAGAAUGUCAUACAUUCCUAUUUGAUCUUUACCUUGAAAUUCUCCCCAAGUCAUUUUCCCUGGGAGUGGGUCCUGCCUCAUUUCAGCUUCCCCAAACCUUGCUAUGGAUUUGUUCAUAAAAGUACACAUAGCAAUGUACACAGUUUGUUGAGCAACAGCAUGUUAUAUGGGGAAGUA